AUGAAGUCGCACUCUUCUCUCGCAGCCUUGGCGAUGGCCUCUGUGACCAACGCCUUCCCAGGUAUCCUGGACGCUUUGCAAGAGGCUCGCUCGAUCGAUUCGGGUGCUAUUCUGGAACGACAGACUGCCCCGGAUCCAUCGACACGCUUCAACGCCCAGGAGCAGUACGUCUCCACUUCCGGUGAACAUGCGUUCGUGGCUCCGAAUCUUGCUGGUGGAGAUCAGCGUGGUCCCUGCCCAGGGCUCAACGCUAUGGCAAACCACGGGUACCUCCCACACAAUGGUGUUGGAUCUCACACCGACUUCAUUGAAGGCACAUUCAAGGCCUUCGGCAUGUCUGCGGACCUGAGUGGCUUCUUGACGGUCCUCGGAGGAACACUCGAUGGCAAUGGUCUCGUAUGGUCCAUCGGUGGUCCCUCAAAAGCUGCUCCCCCUCUCCUUCCAAUCCUGGGCACACCGCAGGGAAUCUCAGGCUCGCACAAUAACUACGAGUCCGACGUCUCACCCGGCCGAGGCGAUCUGUACCAAUACGGCAACGACUUCACCCUGCAGAUGUCUCAGUACCAAGAGCUCUACGACAUGGCCAAGGCGAAUGGCGGCAACAUCGAUCUCCCCUUAUUGACCGACUUCCGCUCCAAACGCUUCGAUCAAUCCAUCGCCAACAACCCUUACUUCUUCAAUGGUCCCUUCACCGGUGUUCUCGUGCAGCCUGCAGCGUACACGUUCAUCUACCGCUUCAUGGGCAACAAGUACAAGCGCGCCAUCGGCGACGAAUACAGCAUCCCAUUCCUCCAAGCCGACACCGCACUAGCGGCACAGAAAUACCCCAAAUUCCUGAACGUCGGCGGAAACACCGGUAAAGUCAACACCUUCACCGGCGUUGACGCUUCCGACAUCUCCGGCGGCGUGUACAACACCCGUACGCUUGGCGAGGGAAAUAACGCCAUGUGCUUUGCCACUCAAUUUCUCGCGCAGGCAAUGCCCGACAUGAUCAAGUGCAGCGGUGUGCUCAAUGAUGUUCUCGGUGCUAUGAGCCAGUUCACGCAGUCUCUCAAUGGCGCUUUUGGGGCGCUGAAUUGCCCGCAGAUUGAGAAGCUUGACAAGUCGCAGUUUGAUCAGUUCCCGGGAUACAAGAAUUUCGACUGCCACACUGGAAGCGAUUCGUUUGUCUCCGUUAUGGACAAGAUUGAGGAAAGCGGCCGCGAUCUGAUCUCAAGACCCGAACGGAAAGAGCGAUCGCUAAUCCCCUGUACGAGGCUGUCAGAUGCAUCGGACCAUGAUAUCGACCACUCCGACGAGGACGCUGCUUCUUCCGAAGAUGAGUUCGAGUGGGUGCCUUUCAAUUCUUUCCGCGAGGCGUGUUCAUGGGCCGACUUUCGCAAGCUCAGUUGGAGCCUGAAAGACGGUGUUACCGGGAGGUCAUCUGCCCCGCGAAAGAUCUUGCAAGACUUUUCCCAUGGCUUUGUCACCUGUGCAGUGCCAAUUAGACCUAGGAUCCUUCGAUAUGUAUUCGAAGUCGAUUCCUUGAACUUUCCACCCGGCUGUGGCAUCUUCCAGCGCAUCGCGAUCAAUGGCGUUCAGCCGAUGGCGAACUGGCAAGUCAUACUGGACGCGGGCUGGGACGUGAAUUAUACGUACGACAACUGGACGAUAUCCAUGCUCGCGUGA